CGCGACAGCCGACAAAGCCCUCUCACUGUCACUCGCUCCGCUCCCUUCAAUUCUCCUCCGCGUGCAGCCAGCCCAGCAGCACAACCAUCCCGGCGGCGGCGCUGCAUUCCCCGCAUUGCGAGCCCGAGCUAGCCACUGCGUGUGCCGUGGUCUGUGCGCGAUAUACAAUGGCCUGGAUGGCGCUGCCGGAGUGGGCGACGACGGUGCCGGCGCCGGGCUCCCGCGGCGGCGACGCCUCGGCGGCGUGGCAGCAGGUCACGUCCCCCGUGGCGGUGCCGCUGCUGCGGCUGGCGGCGUCGCUGUGCCUGGCCAUGUCCGUGAUGCUGCUCGCGGAGAAGGCGUACAUGGCCGCGGCGGUCCUCGCCGCGCGCCUCCUGGGCCGCCGCCCCGAGCGCCAGUACCGCUGGGAGCCCAUCCGCGACGACGACCUCGAGGCCGCCGGCGGCGCUGGCGGCGGAGGCGCGGCGUUCCCCAUGGUGCUCGUGCAGAUCCCCAUGUACAACGAGCGCGAGGUGUACCAGGUGUCGAUCGGGGCGGCGUGCGGGCUGGCGUGGCCGGCGGACCGGAUCAUCGUGCAGGUGCUGGACGACUCCACCGACCCCGUGGUCAAGGAGCUGGUGCGGGCGGAGUGCGAGCGGUGGGCGGGCAAGGGCGUGGACGUGCGGCACGAGGCCCGGGAGGGCGGGCGGCGGCGCGGGUACAAGGCCGGCGCGCUGCGGGAGGGGAUGGCGCGCGCCUACGCCCGCGGCUGCGACCUGGUGGCCAUCUUCGACGCCGACUUCCGGCCGGAGCCGGACUUCCUGCGCCGCGCCGUGCCCUUCCUCCUCCACAACCCCGGCCUCGCGCUCGUCCAGGCGCGCUGGACGUUCGUGAACGCGGAUGAAUGCCUGAUGACAAGGAUGCAGGAGAUUUCCCUGGAUUACCACUUCACCGUGGAGCAGGAAGUCGGCUCCUCCACCCACGCCUUCUUCGGCUUCAAUGGAACUGCUGGUGUAUGGCGCAUAUCCGCUCUGAAUGAGGCAGGAGGUUGGAAGGACAGGACCACAGUCGAAGACAUGGAUUUGGCGGUGCGAGCAAGCCUCAAAGGAUGGAAGUUUGUAUUCCUAGGCGACCUCAUGGUGAAAAAUGAGCUCCCAAGCACACUCAAAGCAUACCGAUAUCAACAACACAGAUGGUCAUGUGGACCGGCAAACCUGUUCAGGAAAAUGCUGAUGGAGAUUGUCAGGAACAAGAAAGUGACGCUUUGGAAGAAAAUCCAUGUCAUCUACAGUUUCUUCCUUGUGCGCAAGAUCAUAGCGCACAUUGUGACCUUUGUGUUUUACUGCAUUGUCAUCCCGGCCACAGUCUUAGUUCCUGAGGUUGAGAUACCAAAGUGGGGUUCUGUGUAUAUCCCAACCAUGAUCACCCUUCUCAAUGCUGUAGGCACUCCAAGGUCGCUACACUUAAUUGUCUUCUGGGUACUCUUUGAGAAUGUGAUGUCCUUGCAUAGAACGAAGGCCACUUUCAUUGGCCUAUUGGAGGCAGGCAGGGUAAAUGAAUGGGUGGUGACAGAAAAGCUCGGUGAUGCUUUGAGGAUGAAAAUGCCAGGCAAGGGAUCCAAGAAACCCCUCAUGAGGAUCGGAGAUAGGUUGCAUAUCCUGGAGCUUGGUGUCGCAGCAUACCUCUUCUUCUGUGGAUGCUACGACUUCACAUUUGGGAAUAAUCACUACUACAUAUUCCUCUUUCUCCAAUCUAUUGCUUUCUUCGUCGUUGGUGUGGGCUAUGUCGGUACAUUUGUUCCGUAGCAGAAGGGCAAUGACACCAUCUUCAUGGAUUCAUGAUUGGGUUAAACUGUUUACAGCUUUAUGGUACAUAACCGGAUGAAAAGAUAAGAUUAAGCAGCCUUAUCUUGUGUGUACCUGCUGUCAGGAAGAGAAGCCGUGCAAGAGCACUGCAAGACAGUAUAGGUAUGUUUUUGCUGCUAGGAAUGUGCUGUGAAGCGCAUGAAUCAGCAGUAGAAAAAGAUAGCAAAUCAUGAAAGUUUCAUCGUUUGUUGUGCAAACAGAAAAACAGAAACCUUUUGCUCAUUCAUUGUUCGCAAGUUUGUUGGGAGAAGAGGGAGAAAAUAAAGUUGUACGUGUUCUCCUUUACUUUCAUUGUUUCCCAUGUCAAUUUUAAGUGUAAUAAAAAUAUUGCAUUUGAGAAUAUUCCAGUUCAGAGCAUUGUGGCACAAA